AUGGAGGAGAAGGAUUCCAAGUCCAGCGAGACGGCAGCGGAGGCUCAGAGACAGCCGGAAUCCAGCUCCGGCAGCGGCUCGGGUGGCAGUAGCAGCCCGAGCGACUCGGACACCGGCCGCCGGCGGGCUCUGAUGCUUCCCGCGGUCCUCCAGGCUCCAGGCAACCACCAGCAUCCACAUCGCAUCACCAACUUCUUCAUCGAUAACAUCCUGCGGCCUGAGUUCGGCCGCCGAAAGGACGCCGGGACUUGCUGUGCCGGUGCGGGCGGAGCCAGGGGAGGUGAAGGCGGCGCUGGCACUACGGAGGGAGGCGGCGGCGCAGGCGGAGCCGAGCAGCUCCUGGGCGCCAGGGAAUCCCGACCGAACCCAGCGUGCGCACCCAUUGCGGGAGGGCCGCUCUCCGCCGCUGCUGGCGACCCUGCGGCCGACGGAGAAGGCGGCUCCAAGACGCUCUCGCUGCACAGUGGUGCCAAAAAACCCGGCGAUCCCGGGGCUUCCUUGGAUGGAGCGCUCAAGGCCCGGGGCUUGGGCGGCGGUGACUUGUCGGUGAGCUCCGACUCGGACAGCUCUCAAGCCAGCGCCACUCUGGGCGCGCAACCCAUGCUCUGGCCCGCUUGGGUCUACUGCACGCGCUACUCUGACCGGCCUUCUUCAGGUCCCAGGUCCCGAAAACCAAAGAAGAAGAACCCCAACAAAGAGGACAAGCGGCCGCGCACGGCCUUCACCGCCGAGCAGCUGCAGAGGCUCAAGGCUGAGUUUCAGACCAACAGGUACCUGACAGAGCAGCGACGCCAGAGUCUGGCGCAGGAGCUCAGCCUCAACGAGUCUCAGAUCAAGAUCUGGUUCCAGAACAAGCGGGCCAAAAUCAAGAAAGCCACGGGCAACAAGAACACUUUGGCGGUGCACCUCAUGGCGCAGGGCCUGUACAACCAUUCCACCACCGCCAAGGAGGGCAAGUCGGACAGCGAGUAG